UACUGGUGGAGAUAGAAUUGCAACGCUGAUGUUUUACCUGAGUGACGUGCCAAGUGGAGGCCACACCGUGUUCCAGAAGUGGGGUCUCUCAGUCCGGCCACAGAAGGGAGCGGCCCUGUUCUGGUUCAACUUGCACAGAAACGGCACAGAGGAUGAAACUACAGAGCACGCCGGCUGUCCCGUCAUCCGGGGCACCAAGUGGGUUCUGAACAAGUGGUUCCACGAGCUCAACAACGACUUCGCGCUGUACUGUGUUGAUGACCAAACAGCGUCUUUUCAAUAUUUUUAUAUUUAAAAUUGUAUAAACUGUAAAUAAAUUAAAUACUGUUUA